AUGAAGAGCAUUGUGCCCGUCGUCGCAUUGAUAGCUGUGUGGAGCCCUUCCCUGGGGGCCGCCGACGAUUUCGGUGCAGCUUGGGGCUCGCCACACUCGUUCCGCGCAGAGGUGGAAGCAGCUCUUGAGCAGUUGGGCAGGAUACUGGACGAGGAGAGGCACCCGCAGUACCCCGCGGACGUCGCGCACGUAUACGAGGACAAGUACCUGCUGUCCGAGUUGGCAACAAAAGCCGCCACGGCCGGGCUGGUCCAGCUCUUCAGCACUCUCCUUGACGACACCUGGCCGGGCUUCUCUGGCCAGGCGCUUCCGAAGUGGGCCACAGGAGCGCCGUUGCUUGUCUUCUCCUCCUGUCAGUUCUGCGAGCUCAAACAGACGGUGGACAAGGAGAUUCAGGUCGGUUCGGCCAAAAUCGAGGAGACGGAAGGGAUCCUGGGCUCUUGGAAGACGAAAGUGAAGACCAAGACCGAGGUGCGGCAUGUUGUUGUCUUCCUCGCCAAGACCAGUGCAGGAGCAUCUCUGGAACUGGACAGCGACAUGGCGCCUUUACGUGACGACCGCAGGGUCAAAUCAGAGCUCCUUGGCCUGGCAACGGAGAGGCUUUCCUCUGCUGAGUGGCUCUGGAGGAAGCCUUUCAGCGAGGCUCGAGCUCGACAUGACUUGGUUGGCUCGCAGGCGAAGUUUGAGCCGCUACGAGCUGGGGCAGUUGACUUCACCGUCAACCGCACUGCACCUGACUGCCGCACUCCAGCACGGAACAAGGACAUGCAGGCAGCUUUGAGCUUCUUCAACAAAGUGCACGUCCUGGGAGAUUCAGCUGCGAACAUCUUGAUCGGCCAGCUAGGCACUCUUCUGGGUGGAGAUACGCCCGGCGUGGCCAAGCCAGGCAAAAUGUUCCAGCCCGUGCUGGCCAUGUUCGCGCUGGACGGCUCCACUACAGCAGACAUGGAUGUGGUCCUGAGCGCACACCGACGUGGCCUGUUGGCUCAUCGCGAGAGCCAGAACCAGCUCUUGGGGAGGAUCGCAGAUACCAAUGGCGUUGACUUGAAGCCCUCGUUGAUUAGCCUUCUCAUCGUUGUACAGGAUGCCCGGGUGCAAGACAGCGCAGUGGACUUCAGCUGCAAAGACUUUGCAAAGAGAGCCGGCGAUGCAGCCGAGGAGAUGGCCAGUCUGGCUCGACAGAUGACCUCCGCUGUCAGAGAACUGGAACGUAGCCUCUUCCCGCAAGAAGACGUUGCAAGGAACGUGUCUGCGAUCUUGGAUUACACAUCAUGCUGCACUGUGUUGGGCGGUGAAAAAGAUUUAGUAUGGAAAACUCGCAACAUCGAAUCACAGAAGUUUCAUUUGGUACUCGAGUCCGGCAUGCUGCAGGAGCAGCUCACUGCUGCCAUAGGGAAGACGCUGCAGCCCGUCGACUUCGGCGAGUACAUGGAAUUCCACACGGGCGAGCUCUUGCGUCCAGCAUACAAGCCGAGUCCUUUCGUGUUUGCUGUGCGACGAGCACAGCAUCAUCCGGAAGGAACCGUGAGCAUCGAGGUGUCCCAUGAGAAUUCUCACCAGGCUAUUUCCACCUUCGGCUUGCACCGUGAAGCUGCCCCAUUCAUGCGAAUGCAAUUGAGUUCUGCAGCGACGAUCUCGUUCACAGGCGAGCACUUUGUGCAUGCUGCAGUCUUCCACCAGUUUGCCAGGCAGAAGGAGCAGGACCUGAGACUCGUUGCGAGGGCACGGCAGCUGAGCUGCUUCGUUUUGGUCGUUGGGAAGAUCAUCUCUUCGGACACGUUCAAGCCUGCAGCAGCGCUCAUCAUCCAGAACAAAGACGAAUUGGUCAUACCGCUGCUUCUGGAAACCGUACCGUCGCCAAAGGAAUUCCUUGACUCGAUCCAGUCCCUUUCGCCGGAGCAACAGCGCUUCGCCAAAGCCUUCCGCAAGAUGCAGCUCUCGAGCUCGCUCUUCGCUGUGGCCAUCGUUCAGAUCAAGCCGGCUUUGGAGAUACAGCUUACUCAAGAUCUCAUUGAGCUCUUCGUGCGGUACCAGGUGGCUCCAGAUCUGAUGUCCUACGAGCCUUGGUCCUCCGGGGUGGCAGAAAAGGCCGCGCGAGUCACUGCGGCAGACAAGCUUGCAGCGGUCAAAAGUCACGUGAAGUCCCUGUGGGAGACCAUUGCUGCGUCAAAGCAGAAGCAGCUGCAAGAGAAGCAGGAGGAGGUGAAGAUGCGAAACAUGCAGUCUUGCGGCGCCGAAGAUUGCAGGAGUACAGGCUCGGAGAGUACGCUGGAGUUUGGGAUAGGACGCCAUGCUCAUUUGCUGCAUGCCAAGACCGAUUUGAGUUGGGAGAUUUCGACCCGCCCAGUCCACAUGAUGAUCACUGCCGGGAAAUCAUUCUCUACGACACAAGCGAAGAUUCAGGAGCAGGUUCUCUACAUGUCUCGGUCGGCCACGCCGGAGGCAGAGUCUCCCCAGGUGCUCAGUGCGAGUGCUAGGAUGAAGGCUGCAGACGCGCCGUCUUCGGAGCAGCCUCCAUUACAGGACGCCCCUUCGCCCUCACCUCCUCCGCCACCACAAGCCCGAGAAGCUGCAGAGGCUGCAGAUUCGGGAGCUUUCGACUACACGCAGCUGCCGCACCAGCUGGAUGCAAAUUACCUGAAGUUCGAUUCUGAUGCCGUAUUGCGUCCGACGAAGAUCGACCUAGCGACUGUGUGGACGAAGCAGGAGCAGCCAGGCCUGCUCGGAGAUUCGCGGAGCCGACAGCUGAGAGAAGCAGACCAGCGGGCAGAGACCAACAAGGCCUUUGAUCUUCUCGAUGCACUCAGCCGCUCCGGCGCCGAGGCGUUGGAGUCUUCCUUGCACAUCGUUGUUGCCGCAACACACUGCUUCGAUGAGACCAUCCUCAAUACCUUGGUGCAGCAGAACAGAAACCCCAUCGAAAAGAUGGAGCGCUCAAUGCUAAUCAUGGCGUCUACUCUCCAUCGCAAACCGCUGGACCAACUCAUACAUCCAGGAGAGGUGGAUCGUGUGCGUGCGUUGAUGCCCACCGUCUUUGCGGGGUUCGCUGAGUCGAAGAAGCUGGCUUAG